AUGGUUUAUGUUUGCGAUCCAUUGGCAGUAUCACAUAAACUUUGUCAAUCAUCUCAAUUGGGUCAAUUCAUCACUCAUAUCCCAGUUGACAAACAAAAUACCACAAGCAUUUUUACAGAGACCCUAACAAUGAGAGGCAAUCAAACAGAAAUGGCUUUAUAUAAAGUAGAAUAUACAGGCUAUUAUUGUGUAGCAAUGGUUCCUGGUAAUAGUAAUGAAAGUGAAUCUUAUUUUGAGGCUUGGGUUGAAUGGCAUUUCCCUUAUGGUGAAUUACCUGCUGUUGACUACCCUAAAUUAAUAUUAUAUGGUGUCUUUACUUGUGUCUAUUUAGCUGUUGGUAUUUUUUGGUCCGUUCAAAGUUAUCGUAAUUGGGGAGAUAUUUUACCCGUUCAACACUUUUUAUCAGCAGCUAUUUUCUAUCUUAUUGUUGAAAUGGCAUUUAAUUUUGGCUUUUGGGAAGCUUAUAAUCAAACAGGAAAAGCAUCUUUAUUAAAUGCAGGUAGAACAAGUAUGUCGUUCUUCAUGCUAUUGAUAGUUUGUAUGGGCUAUAGUGUUGUCAAACCUAGUCUGGGUUCAGCAAUGAAAAAAUGUAUUAUUCUUGCAUGUACACACUUUUUCUUUGGCGUGAUUUAUACAUUAGGCACAAUGCUUUUAUCACCUGAAACGGCAGGACUCUUGAUCUUGCUUGUCAUUUUCCCUCUUUCAACUACAAUGACUAUAUUCUAUGUUUGGACACUCAAUUCGAUUACAAACACAAUUCGAGACCUCGAACUUCGUAAACAGCAUGUUAAAGUGAUUAUGUAUAAACGGCUUUAUCGUUUAUUACUCUUCUCUGUUUUAGCCGUUAUUGCUAUCUUUAUCUUGAACAUGUUUGCCUUCUCAGGACGUAUGGCUAUUGAUUGGGCAGCAAAGAAUUGGAAAUACCGUUGGAUCAUGUUGGAUGGUUUAUUGAAUAUAUUGUAUUUUAUUGUCUUUUUCGUGAUUAUCAUUUUAUGGAGGCCUACGAGUAAUAAUGCUCGUUAUGGAUUAACGCAAUUGAGUCAAGAUGAAGAGGAAGCAUUGGAUUUAGAGGAGCGUUUAAGAAGAGAAGAGAAUGGUGAGGGCGAUAACCAAUUUAGGUCUACUCAAAACAGGCAACAUCAUGGUAUAGAUGAGGAAUCUGCUAUCUUUGAACUUGGAGGUGAACUUACAGACGAAGAAGAAGAAGAAGAAAGAGAUCAUCAGCCUAUUAAUAAAAAUGUUCAAUUAUCUGACUUGAAUGGCACGAAUAGAAAUGCUACUCAUUAUCGAUCUGACAGAGGAGGUGAACAAAGUGCACUAUUACAUAUAGACCAAGAGGAGGAAUAUGAGUCUGAUGAUGAGCAGUAA